CGCAGAUUAGAAAUCGGUUUGAAAAAAAACCCCCAAAACAUCCGCUUUAUUUAUUUUAUUUAUUUAAUGUUUUGGUUAGAUGUGUUUAAGUUAACAGGUCGUAUUGGCUCGGUUUAUUUUCAUGCAAAUCUGAUCUAGAAAUCAUCUCUCCUUUGGAUUACACAAAAGGCAGUGUGUGUGUGUGUGUGUGUGUGUGGAGUACCCUUCAGUUCGGCAGCUGGGAGCCUGAGAGUUUGGAGAUGAAUAAGCUGCGUCAGAGUUUGCGCAGAAAGAAGCCAACCUACGUGCCCGAGGCCAGCCGACCACACCAGUGGCAGGCCGACGAAGAAGCAGUGCGCAAGGGCAAAUGCAGCUUCGCCGUCCGGUAUCUGGGGUUGGUGGAGGUCGAGGAGUCCAGAGGGAUGCAUGUUUGUGAGGAUGCUGUAAAGAAACUGAAAGUGAGCGGAAAAAAGACGGUAAAAGCCAUGCUGUGGGUCUCGGCCGACGGUCUGAGGGUGGUGGACGACAAAACCAAGGACCUCAUCGUAGAUCAGACCAUUGAGAAAGUGUCGUUCUGUGCGCCGGACCGUAACUACGACAAGGCCUUCUCUUAUAUCUGCCGGGAUGGAACCACUCGCCGCUGGAUGUGCCACUGCUUCAUGGCUCUGAAGGACUCGGGUGAGCGUCUGAGUCACGCAGUGGGAUGUGCAUUCGCUGCAUGUCUGGAGCGAAAGCAGCGGCGGGAGAAGGAGUGCGGCGUCACAGCUUCGUUCGAUGCCACUCGUACGUCGUUUGUCCGCGAAGGCUCGUUCCGCGUCUCCUCGGCCGGUCAGCAGAGCGAGAGGGAGGACAUCAUGAAGCAGCUGCAGGACAAAAAGAAAGAAGUCUGCGCCAUCCCUGCGGUGCCGCCGGGUAACGCCUCUCCUCCGGAAGGUGCCGCCACACAGGUAGACCGAGCCGAGGGAGGCGGGCCACACGUCAUCCCGCGGCGUCACGCGCCCCUCGAGCAGCUCGUCCGCCAGGGCUCGUUCCGCGGUUUCCCUGCGCUCAGUCAGAAAAACUCGCCUUUUAAACGCCAGCUGUCUUUGCGCCUGAACGAGCUGCCGUCAACUCUGCAGCGCAAAACUGACUUCCAGAGCAAGAACCCUGUUCCUGAGAUGGACCUGUCGGUGGCUGCUGAAGCAGACGGCAUCAAUGCGCUGUGCAGCCAAAUCAACAGCUCGUUCACCAAACCCUCGGAAGACCUCAGUGGCCAAGCCACCAGCAAUGGCAUGCCAGCGUGCAGCAUUCCUCCUGCCAUCCCUCCUCCACCCGUGCCUCAAGUUACCAGCUCAUGGGUCCAGGCAGAUCCACCUGUCCAGUCUCCACCUUCCACUGGCCAUAGACGAACACCCUCUGAAGCUGAACGUUGGCUGGAGGAAGUCUCCAAGGCUGUGAAAGCCCAGCAGCAGACUCCCCCUACGCUGCCACCUCCACCUACCCAGCAGCCCCCACCAGUCCCCACUGUACCCAUAGCUCCAGGUUCUCUGCCCACCUCCAUGCAGCCUUUCCCUAUGGCUUUUGAUACCACUCCAGCGCCUGUGGGCAUAUACGGCCAGCCACCACUGCAGCCGGCCUACGUACCCAUGCCGCCCUAUAUGCCCGCCGUGGCCAACAGCAUGACGUACCCCAACGCCAGCAUGCCUGUGGUGGGUAUCACACCCUCGCAAAUGGUGGCAAAUGUCUUCUGCAGCGCCACUGGUUCCACAAGCGGAGGCACCAUGGGGGUCGGUAUGGGGCCCAAGACCGGCACGCUUGGUGGCGGUUCUUCGGCUUUUCCCAGCCUGGCUGCACUCAGCAACCAUCCAGGUUCUCAUGGGCUUGUGCAAAACUCACCCUCGUCAGCCAUCACCCCCACCACUAGCACCAAUGUGGCUUCCAGCAGCAUUACACAGAAUGGCACCAUGACGAGUGCGGGUACCAACAACUGGCCAAUGGAGAGUCUGCAGCAACCCAGUUUGCCAGUCGACGCCCAGGAAGCAGAGGGCUUUGAGGCGAAGUGGGCGGCCCUAGAGUCCAAAUCACAAGCCAAGGCGCCCAACCCUUUCUCCAACGAUUUACAAAAAACCUUUGAAAUUGAGCUAUAAUCGGACACCUAUAUGAGCACAGACUCUUAAACGAGAAACGAAAUCUUACAUCCUGUUGCUUUCAGCUUCUUUUUUUUGUGUGUGUGUGUAACAUUUGCACCUGCUCUUCGAGAUCAGAUUUGCGUUUCGUCUCAUUCCAAACGCAGGUGUAAACCUCUUGAUCUGGGAACAUGACAGUAUCCUAGAGCCCAUCGAAUGUGGUCACAUAAUUAAAAAGAUAUGUAAAAACCUCUGGGUUUGAGGUUGCUGUCGAGUGGAUCACAAGACCUUCGACAGAACCUGCAAAGGGAACAAAUGACUGAUUAAGAUGCGGCCAAAAUGUAUUUAUUACUUCAUUUGAUUGUGAAAAUCAAUUUUAAAUCGAAUUCGUACUCAUUGAAUGUGUUGUUUCUCUGUAUUUAUUUGACAUUAACCCUCUGUGGCAGAAGAUCACACACACAGUAAAUUGUGGGGAAUAUAAAGAUAUGAAGAUGACUCUCCAGACGAGAACAAAGGCUGCAUGACCGGAGACGUACUAAUGGACCUGCUAGUAAAUGAGAGUGUAAAUAGCAUGUUUUUUUUUUUUCCUUUUCCCCUCACCUCUUAUUUAUCACCCUGUUUGUGGAUGCUAAUUAUUAUUCAAGCCCUGUGAGUCACAGCUGAAGCAUCAUAUCGGCACCUUUCCAGCAACACAUGGACAUCAAACUGAGGGGCUGAUUAUGCUGAUAAAUCGCUUAGCACAAAGGGCUCCACAGAGCUCAUUUUAAGUCGCCCCUGAUCAGUGCCCUGGCGAUGUUCUAACGGUAAAAGCUAUGCGAAAAGGAGGACAAAAAAACAGAACGUAUGAUUUGUGAAAAUAUGUGAAAAAGUUCAUGCUGGUACGUGCUUAAACAGUUGAAAAUUAAAGGUGAAUGAAAUGUUGCUUUUAUAUUUAUAAUUGGAUUUGGUGGAGCUCGUUUUCGGCCAAAACACGGUAUCGGUGCUUAAAAGUGUGAAACAAGUGAAUUUUCAGAUUGGAUCAUAUAACACCAUUUUUCAUAAUACUCAUAAAUAAUUUUCAUCUCCCGGUCCAUUCUUUGUUAUUUUGUAAAUAUGCAGACACAUGAAUAUUUUUAGCAGUUUAAAAGAAACACAUUUGCUAAAAAUAAUUUCAUGCUCUUUUAUGUCUGUAGUGUCCGUAACUUUUUUGAAUUAAAAUCUUUCAAUGAUCUGAAUUGUCAUUCAGACAAAACUUGGCCAAUUUAGAUUUCACAUGAAAAGACAUAAACCUGAAAAAGUGUGUUAUUCUAAAAUGCAAAAUUGUUAAGAUAUUGCAACAUGAAUUUGACCUGGUUACGGACACUACAGACUUUUUUGUUUUUAAGCUUUUACCAAAAAACAAUUUAAGCAACAGUUUUUACAGGUCAUAUGCUUCUAGAAGCGUACACUAAUUUUAGUAUCAAUACUCAUACGAGAUAAGAAAUAUGAAUUAUUGGCAUUUAAAAUUAUGAUAAUUUGAAGCGAGACAGUAUAACGCUGAAACAUGGCCACUCAGAAGUAGCUUCACACAGAAGCACACACAUUUUCUGUAUUAUAUGUAUGACAUAAAAAAAUAAACUCGGCACCAGUACUGUGUUUUGGCCGAUUGAAGAAGGUGAACAGGGAGAGAAAAUGUGAGAUGUAAAGCGAGAAAGGAAACCUGAUGUAAAAGCGUAAGUGAGAAUAAUUUCUGAGGAAGGUGCAGUGAGAAUGAGUAGCACUCGUGAUGGAUCGAGCUGAAAAAAAAAAAAGGUUCAAAAGAUGUGUUUAAAAUAAGCCUUGAAGGAAGGAAGAUCUGGACCCCUGAAGUCAUGAAAAGCGUCAAGUUUUCGUAUCGCAUCUUAUCACACACGCAUACCAGUGUAUACCUUUCCUGGCUUUUUAACUUUUUUUUUUUGUCCUUAACUCUUUGUUCAUCCUGGAGAAUAAACAUACUAAUAAUCAUAUAUCAAAAGCUUAAAGCAUAUUCUGCAAUGUACAUGCUCGGAACGAUACGCAUUUCCGACGCCGAUAACCGCCCUAGCCACUUAUCAGUCCUUCGCUCCCGUACAUUUUGUGUAUUUUUUAUAUACCGAUGCAGUUCUCACUCUGCAAUAAUUCUCCAUGCUUUCCAGUAGUUUCGUUGUUCGGAAGUGAUUUAAACAAACACGGAUCUCGGCGAGUUCAAUAAGGACGUGCUGAGCGAUUGGAUUCGAUCUGACUCCGGCGUUUAGAGUUUCUCAGUGAGCUAGAUAUUCAAAGCCAGACUGCACACUGUGCUUUACAGAACACAAACGUUUAUAACAAUAAUAACAAUAACAAUAAUAACAACAAUAAUACUAAUGCACAGGCACAAUGUAUGUACAUUCAAUUGAGUCACUAAAACCAGACAGUUUGCACAAAUUUCCAUUCAGUUUGUUAAUCACCGCUGAUACACAGGGUUAACACAGAGCCUGUCGAGGCUGCACAAUGGACUCUAUCUCAAUUUUUUCCUAAAGCGCACGUGUUUGUAUUAAAUAAGCUUAUCUGUGAUCCGCGCUCUGUGUCUUAUACAGUACGUAAAGAUGCCAGGAUGAAUUGAUCCAGUCCAUGCACUCGUCCCCACAAAAACAAAAACAAAAAAAAUAAAUGUAGAUCUCUUUUGAAAACAAAACUAAAUGACCUCAUAAACUUGAUUGUAAACUGUAAUCUAGCGAGCGAGAGAGAGAGAGAGAGAGAGAGAGAGAAACAG